AUGACAGCGGGUACAUUGAACCAUUUCCUUCUUCACAAUUCCCCAGUUCACCUUGAGCACAGUUACUGGCCACCUCAACCCCAGGUCAUACCACUGGCCGCCCCACCCCACAGUUCCUGGCCGCCCCACCCCACAGUUCCUGGCCGCCCCACAGAUUCUGGCCGCCCCACCCCACAGUUCCUGGCCGCCCCACCCCACAGUUCCUGGCCGCCCCACAGAUUCUGGCCGCCCCACCCCACAGUUCCUGGCCGCCCCACCCCACAGAUCCUGGCCGCCCCACCCCACAGUUCCUGGCCGCCCCACAGUUCCUGGCCGCCCCACCCCACAGUUCCUGGCCCCCCACCCCACAGUUCCUGGCCGCCCCACCCCACAGUUCCUGGCCGCCCCACCCCACAGUUCCUGGCCGCCCCACCCCACAGUUCCUGGCCGCCCCACCCCACAGUUCCUGGCCGCCCCACAGUUCCUGGCCGCCCCACCCCACAGUUCCUGGCCGCCCCACCCCACAGUUCCUGGCCGCCCCACCCCACAGUUCCUGGCCGCCCCACCCCACAGUUCCUGGCCGCUCCACCCCACAGUUCCUGGCCACCCCACCCCACAGUUCCUGGCCACCACACAGUUCCUGGCCGCCCCACCCCACAGUUCCUGGCCGCCCCACCACACAGUUCCUGGCCGCCCCACCCCACAGUUCCUGGCCACCACACAGUUCCUGGCCGCCCCACCCCACAGUUCCUGGCCGCCCCACCCCACAGUUCCUGGCCGCCCCACAGUUCCUGGCCGCCCCACCCCACAGUUCCUGGCCGCCCCACCCCACAGUUCCUGGCCGCCCCACAGUUCCUGGCCGCCCCACAGUUCCUGGCCGCCCCACCCCACAGUUCCUGGCCGCCCCACCCCACAGUUCCUGGCCGCCCCACCCCACAGUUCCUGGCCGCCCCACCCCACAGUUCCUGGCCACCACACAGUUCCUGGCCGCCCCACCCCACAGUUCCUGGCCACCACACAGUUCCUGGCCGCCCCACCUCACAGUUCCUGGCCGCCCCACCCCACAGUCCCUGGCCGCCCCACAGUUCCUGGCCGCCCCACCCACAGUUCCUGGCCGCCCCGUCUAUAGGAAGCUGUCUGGGAAUUGUGCCUUGCUUCGGUUAUAACACAGAGUACAACUAG